GCAAUAACAGCAACAGCAAUUCUUUUUGAAGAGGGCAAUAACAGCAAUAAUGUCUCUCGGAAUUACAAAAAAAAAUUAAAUAAAGAGCCUUUUCUUUUUCUCGCCCUGCCUCAGGCUAUUUAUACGUCCAUUGUUGAGAGCAUGAUGAAUUGCUUUCAAAACUAAACCAUCUCUCUCUUCUUCUCUACUCUCAACUAAAGAAAGAAAACCCUACAAAGGUUUGAAUUUGCAUUCUUGAUACACUACUUGUUCAAAUAUCUCAUCUGUGAUCAUUAAAUGGCUCCAGAAGCAGCUGCGGAUUCUCCAAAGCCUCGAGAUGUUUGUAUUGUUGGUGUUGCACGUACACCGAUGGGUGGAUUUCUCGGCACCCUUUCAUCUCUACCAGCCACUAAGCUUGGGUCCAUAGCUAUCCAGAGUGCUCUUAAGAGGUCGAACAUAGAUCCAUCUCUCGUGCAAGAGGUCUUCUUUGGAAAUGUUUUGAGUGCCAAUUUAGGACAAGCUCCAGCUAGACAGGCUGCAUUAGGUGCAGGGAUACCUAAUUCAGUUGUCUGCACCACAAUCAACAAAGUGUGUGCAUCAGGGAUGAAGGCUACGAUGCUUGCUGCACAAAGUAUUCAAUUAGGUGUCAACGAAGUAGUUGUGGCCGGUGGCAUGGAAAGCAUGUCUAACGUUCCCAAAUAUCUUGCAGAAGCAAGGAAAGGAUCCCGACUGGGGCAUGAUACCCUUGUUGAUGGGAUGCUCAAAGAUGGGCUAUGGGAUGUCUAUAAUGAUUAUGGUAUGGGUGUGUGUGCUGAGCUAUGUGCAGACAACCAUUCAGUAACUAGAGAUGAGCAGGAUGCUUUUGCUAUCCAGAGUUUUGAGCGCGGUAUAGCUGCUCGAGAUGCUGGUGCUUUUGCGUGGGAAAUAACUCCAGUUGAAGUUUCAGGGGGUAGAGGAAAGCCAUCUAUGAUUGUUGAUAAGGAUGACGGCCUGGACAAGUUCGAUCCUGUAAAGCUAAAGAAACUAAGACCCAGUUUCAAGGAGAGUGGAGGUUCUGUUACUGCAGGCAAUGCAUCUAGUUUGAGCGAUGGAGCUGCUGCAUUAGUUCUGGUGAGUGGAGAGACUGCAGUUAAGCUUGGACUGCAAGUGAUUGCCAAGAUCUCAGGAUAUGCUGAUGCCGCUCAGGCACCUGAGUUAUUUACAACUGCUCCAGCGCUAGCAAUACCGAAAGCCAUUUCACAUGCUGGGUUGGAGGCUUCUCAAAUUGACUACUAUGAGAUCAAUGAGGCCUUUGCUGUGGUGGCUCUUGCAAAUCAAAAGUUGCUUGGCCUUAAUCCCGAAAAGGUGAAUGUGCAUGGUGGAGCUGUAUCUUUAGGACAUCCUUUAGGAUGCAGUGGAGCACGCGUCUUGGUCACACUUUUAGGGGUUUUGAAACAGAAAAACGGGAAGUACGGAGUUGGAGGUAUAUGCAAUGGAGGAGGAGGAGCCUCUGCCCUUGUUGUGGAGCUUGUGUAAACCUGUCUGCUUCUGAAACUUGUUGUGGGUUGCAUUGUUAAAUUUUCUGCUCAGUUCUAGUUGUUGUCAUAUGCCCAAUUAUUUUUUUCUCUUUUUUGUAGUUUUUUUUUAUUUAUAUAAAAUAAAAACUGUAUCCGAAAGGUAAAGCCAUUCAUGAUCCAAGUGUAGUCUUGUUCGUAAUUUAUUCAUCCAGCGUAGUUGAUGGAUCGUAUAUUCUUUCCAUCCAACAAAUUCUUCAGUUCUUGAGUAUGUGCUGGAUUGACGUAGCAAUGUUAAAGUCUUAACUGUUUUCGGAGGAAAAUUCGUGGAUACUCC